GUCUCGGGUCCGGUAAAGGGAGCUGGAGGUUUAACGGGAGGUGUAGCAGUGUGCUCUAGGACACGAGUCUUGUCUAGAGAGCUCCCGGGCUACAGCAGCGAAAAGUGCUGAAACGUGACAGCAUCCGCAGUCCUUGUGAGGAGACUAAAACUCCCCUCGGGAAUCCACCUGGCUCGCAGUGGGGCAGGAGGCAGACGUUACACAAGAGCAGGCUGUGCCUCGAAGGAGUUCCAUCGCUGCAUCCUCGGCGCGCCGGCUUCGAAAGGAAAAACGUGUCUUGCUCUGGUUUUGGGAGGCUUCUCGGCCGCGGUCGUCUCUGCUCUGAGCGAGAUCUGCGCUUCUCCUGCUAAAAUCAUUAGACAUUUAAUCUGAAAGUUGGAUUGUAAGUCAAAUACUGACUUGGCUGAUGUUUGUCUAAAUCGCGUAUCUUAAAAUGCAAUCACAAAAUGGAGACUCAGACAGAGGCCUUGGAGGGGAGGUUACUGCAGAAGAGGUGUCAGGAGGAUCUGUAAAUGACACCAGUAACAAAGCUACCCAAACAGAAAAUGAAGGCAAUUCUGUCAACACAGUGUACGGACUACAAAUGCAACUAGAAGGUGCAGAGCAAGAAUCUGAAGAGAAGAGUAUUGAAAAUGCAAUUAAUCAAGGGCAGUCUAAAGACAGCUUGAAUGAGUGUAGCACCGGAGAUACCUUCCGAAUUCUGCAAAAGGAUGUGAAAACUCAAGAGAAAGCCAUCAACUGUAUGUCCAGAGCAGAUCAACAGAAUGAACAAAAAUCAGAUGGUGAUCACAAAUCAGUAACCAGCUCGUUCAGUCAAAGGACAGAAGAAAAGAGAGGCUGUGUAAGAAUGACAAAAAAGAUUCUGCAAGACAUCUGUAAACAGCAGAAAUUAUAUGUGACCCCAUACUUAAAUGAUACACUUUACUUGCAUUAUAAAGGAUUUGACUGCCUGGAGAAUCUUGAAGAGUAUACUGGAUUGAAGUGCUUAUGGCUGGAAUGCAAUUGCUUAACAAAAAUCGAGAAUUUGGAGGCACUGACAGAGUUGCGUUGCCUCUACUUGCAACUCAAUUUAAUUAACAAAAUUGAAAACCUUGAACCCUUACAAAAGCUGGAUUCCCUCAAUAUCAGUAACAACUACAUUAAGACCAUUGAGAAUCUCUCAUGUCUGAAAGUCCUGCAGACUCUGCAGAUUGCCCACAAUAAGUUACAAACAGUGGAAGACAUACAGCACUUGCAAGAAUGCCCAAGUAUUUCUGUUCUCGAUCUUUCCCACAACAAUCUAAGUGAUCCAAAUAUUAUAACUAUUCUGGAGACCAUGCCUAAUUUGCAUGUGCUGAAUUUGAUGGGAAACCAAGUGAUAAAGAAAAUUGCUAAUUAUAGAAAAACACUUAUUGUUCGACUCAAACUACUAACAUAUCUGGAUGACAGACCAGUUUUCCCAAAGGAUAGAGCCUGUGCAGAAGCCUGGGCUGUUGGAGGGCUUGAAGCUGAGAAAGCAGAAAGGGAAAAAUGGGAAACCAGAGAGAGAAAAAAAAUCCAAGAUAGCAUCGAUGCUUUAGCGUCAAUCAGGCAAAAAGCAGAGGAAAAGAAGAGAAGAAAGUAUAUGGAAGAAAGAGAUACAAGUGCAAAAUGUGGAAAUGGAGAUGCAACAAACAUCCUAGAAGGAGCACCUGCAAACUCAGAUGACAGUGAUGGAAAUUCUAAUAUAUCAGAGACUUCAAAUAUAUCAGAAGAAACCCAAGAGAAGACUGAGAAAUUUAGAAAUGAAAGUUUUGAUGCUCGUGAUGAAGUGAUAACACUUCUACCAAAUAGGGGAGAUGAUAACACAGAUUUCACAUCUGGAAAUAUUCCUGCUAGAAUUCAAGAGGAUGCACAAGAAUCAAACUCUUACAAACGCUCAAACUUCAACAAGAAGAGAGACGAUCUACCAAGAGAGAAGGCAGCUACUAAAAAGGCCAUGCUUCCUGAACUGGAUGAAUAUGCUGAAAUUGAACAGAUCAAACUGGAGACACCAGAGAAACUUUAUCUUGACGAACUGCCUGAUUUAGAAGAUAUAGAUGUAAAUGAAUUUCCCGCUGAAGAGGAAAUCUUGGUUCAAAAGCAGGAAUAUCACCCAAAGAUUGAAAUAAUUUCUGAAAUGACAAAUGACAGCGAUUCCGCACUAGAGGAAAACAAUAAAAGCACGUUUGAGAAUUCAGUAGAAGAAGUUCCAACAGCAAUUUUUUCAAAUGUGCGUAAGAUACAUAAGGAGCAUGAAAAGGAGCACUUAAGACCCCUUGUUGAAAGCUUCUUCACAGAGCCUGCUAAUUCAGAAAGAUACCUGGAGACCAAAGAGAAACAAGCAACCCCCUCAAAAGCCUUGAUACAAGAGGUUAUCACUGAGCCCAAGGAUAAUCUGCUAUUGUCACCAGUCUGCAAUCGACCAGAUGACCCAGGCCCCUGGGAAGAGGACGGUAAGAUUACAGUUACUUGCCCUGGGAACGGCAGGGAUGGAGAAGUAGAGUGCCUGGCUGAGGGUGAAGGAUGUCCUCACGAAGCACAAGAUGACGAGGACAGCGGGAGUGUUAGAUUAGAUUAGAUUAAUCACUUUGAAAAAACCAGACCCAGUGUGGAGCGCAGUGCCUGGCUGACUGCCUGGGGUUAUUCUCAAAAUGCAGAGCUCAGCAAUGGGACCGGUAGUGACAACUGACGGAGCACUG